AUGGAACGGUCCUUUACCGUCGAGUGUCCUCCGUUCGAGGUAGAGAUCUCCCAUUGGGAUCGUAUUCUCCCACCAACGCAUUCGAAGCGAAUCCUGUGCUUUUCGCUCCCAGAUGCUACGGACAAGCAACAGGUGGUGGAUUACCUGCAUAUUGCAUUCCAUCACACGGUCCAGCGGCUUCCCUUGUUGGCAGGAUCUGUAGUCCCCUUCUCAUCGCAUCAAGGAGGACGCCCAUGGCUCCGCAAUAUCAUCCCCGAAGGCGGCGCCCAGCUCAUUGUAAAGGACCUGUCAGAAGAGCUCAGUUUUUCAGAUCUCGCCAAGGCCAACUUCUCGCAACACCUGUUGAACACUGAGCAGCUGUGCCCGCUCCCAGAGGUCGGGUACUUCAAAGAGGAGCGAGUGGAUGUAUGCCGCUUCCAGGCCAACUUCAUUGAAGGUGGCUUGCUGCUCGUUGUAUCUAUCAUUCACAACGCGGCAGAUGGUCGGGGGGUGACUGAAGUGAUCAAGACUUUCGCCAACGAACUCAGCAAGGCACAGUCAGGCGAGACGCAUUAUCCACUGGAACCAAGACCCGAUGUAUAUCGCUCAGAUCGCACAAAGCUAGUAUCCGGUCAUGGGGUACCUGGAUCCAUCGAAAAUCAUGCGGCAUGGACUUCGGAUCCGGCCAACGCACAUGCCCAAAUCCACAACGUGGAGAACUCGUGCCGGACCUUCUGCAUCAGCGUCAAGGCUCUGACCGAUCUCAAGGACUGUCUCUCUGCCACUGUUAGCGGUCCUGAUGAAUGGUUUUCCACCAACGAUGCCAUUUCUGCCUUUAUCUGGCGCAGCAUCAUGCUAGCCCGCCACCGGGCCGGAAUCUUGAACGGCGAUGCAGAAACAUAUGUAGCACAGCCUGUGGAUUGCCGUGCACACCUCAAGAUUCCCAUGCCGUACUUUGGAAAUGUCAUUUACAUGACCAAGUCAUCAGUGCCGUUGUCUGACCUGGCAGACUUUGAGAGCGGGCUAGGCGCCGCUGCUCGAGCUCUGCGCGCUGAUAUCAAGGCUGUGACGGCCGAGAAAUUCGGCGACUUAGUAGGAUAUGCGGAACGAACGGCGCUUGACACUCACACCCGCUUGAAUAUUCUGGAGGCUAUGUCUACAUCGGGCAUUAUUCUGACCAGUCUGUUCAAGAUGGACCUUCACGGCAUGAACUUCGGCCCUGUCUUUGGUGACGGUCAUAUUAAAGCUGUUCGUUUACCGGCCAGAGGAACCCAGGCUGGUGCUGUUAUUGUGCUGCCCCGGGUCCCGGAUGGGAGUUGUGAGUUCAUGGUGACUGAGCAAGAGAGCACGAUCAAGUGUCUCCUGGAGGACAAGUACUUUAGUCGCUUCACAAAUGACGCGGAUACCAUUGGAGCCCCUCAUGAGGAGGUUGUCGCUCCCUUGCCGCCGCCUCCAAUAACUUCAGGAGAAGAAGAUGUGGUCUCCAUCGAGAACACUUCUCCGGUCAUCACCGUCAAGUCAGCUCCAGAUAUUGAGCCUGUCACUAUUGGAGUCAGCGCUGCAGAGGUGGAACCCAUCACCAUAAAGACAAGUUCAGAUGUUGAACCUGUCACCAUUGAUAUCACUACUACUGAUGUUCAUCCUGUCGGCACUGAGACUACCUCUCCAGUGGACGAACGCAUCACCAUCAAGACUCCUUCAGUUGAACCUGUCACCGUCGCGGUCCCUACUACCGAGGUUGAAUCUAUUACCACGGAGUCCACCGCUUCCGAGGUACAGUCCCUCACAACUAUCCUUAAAGACUGGCAUCUUGUCCCCACGGGUGACGUAACGACGCCCUCGACAUUGAUCUCGAACCGGGUUGACGCGCCCCAUGUUGGUACCAUCAAGAUUAUCCAAUUGAACCGACCUGCGGCGAAGAACGCCCUCUCAGUGCAAAUGGUGCGCGAAUUGAGUCGCGAGAUUGAAGAGAUCCAUCACGAGCGCCACACGGGCGGCACACGCGCCUUGAUUAUUGCGAGUGCAGUGGACGGAAUCUUCUGCGCCGGAGCGGACCUGAGAGAACGCAAAAAUAUGAGCUUGACAGAGACACAAGCCUUUUUGACUAGCCUCCGGGGCUUGUUCUCACGCCUAGCUUCCCUGCCUAUCCCCACUAUUGCCUGCAUUUCGGGCCGGGCGCUCGGGGGUGGACUGGAGCUUGCGCUAUGCUGCCAUCUGCGUGUCUUCUCCUCUGACGCGGUGGUUGCAUUACCUGAGACUCGGCUAGCUAUCAUCCCCGGUGCUGGUGGCACCUACCGCCUCCCCAAUAUUGUGGGCAUGUCGAAUGCUCUGGAUAUGAUCUUGACGGGCCGCGGGGUGCCAGCAGAUGAGGCUGCGACGAUGGGACUGUGCAACCGUCUUGUUAGAGCAGACCUCCGGGAGGAUACGCCAGCGUUGUCGAAGCGAGCCUUGGUUUCCAGUAUCCAAUUGGCUGAACAGAUUGCCGAUGCGGGACCCAUUGCUAUUCGGGCUGCAAUUACCGCGCUUUCGUACAGCUGUGAGGCGGUUGAGAACGCUGCCUACGAGUCUGUUCUGAAGACGAAGGAUCGAGAGGCUGCCCUUGACGCGUUCAGUGAAAAGCGCAAGCCUAUCCUGAUUGGGGAGUGA